AUGCCGCGAUCCUUCCUGGUCAAGAAACACUUCAACUCCUCCAAGAAGCCCAACUAUGGGGAGCUGGACAACCACACAGUGAUCAUCUCUCCAUUCCUGUAUGAAAGAUACCCGGUGUCAGUGAUCCCUCAAGCAGACAUCCUCAGCACGGUUGCCUACAGCCCUAUCACAGUGUGGACUAGCCUUCUUCCUCCCUCCCCUGCCCAAUGACCUGUCACCUCUGUCAGGAUACCCUUCAUCGCUGGGACGCGUCAGUCCUCCUCCCCAAUCAGACGGCUCAUCCAAAGACCACAGCGGCUCAGAGAGUCCGAUCAGCGACGAGGAGGAGAGGAUCCAGUCCAAACUUUCUGACCCCCAUGCCAUAGAUGUGGAAAAGUUUCAA